AUGCUCGUGGAUGGAGCGCCUGGGCGCGAUGCAUCAAAGCUAGGACACGAAACGACCAGCGCGGCGGAGCCUGUGGUCCUUGAGGAAGAGCAACCGGCGAAGAAGAAGGUCCCGAUAUCUCUCGAGGAGCUUUUGCAGAAGAAGACGGAAGAGAAAGCGGCUGCUGAUAAGCCAAAGUUCUUGUCGAAAGAGGAGCGUGCGCAACUGGCGCUCGAGAAGCGGCAGAGAGAGGUGGAGGAACAGAGAAGGAAGCAGGAGGACGAGCGGCAGGCUCGAGUUGCGUUUUUCUCGGAGUCUAAAGAUACGCGACCUGAUGACGGCAGGGGAAGACGAGGCGACGACCGCUCCAGAGCGGUCAAGGCGGACGACUCGAAACCCGAAGAGUUAGGUGAAAAGGAGCUAGCGGCUAUCCGCGAUCGGUAUAUGGGAAUCGAGCGGAAGCGGAGGAAGAUUCGACGAAUGAACGACAAGAAGUUUGUGUUUGACUGGGACACGCAAGAGGACACGUCGCAAGACAUCAACCCACUGUACGAGAACAGGCACGAGUCGCAGUUCUUUGGCCGUGGUCACAUUGCGGGAAUCGACUUGAAGGAGCAGAGAACUGUGAGAGCUGCGUUCUACGAUAAGCUUUUGCAGGACCGUCGAACAGACGAGCAAGUCGACAGGGUAUCUGAACUGGCGGAAUUGGAUCGGGUCAAGGAGAAGAAGACGGCUUGGGAUGACAGGCAUUGGUCGGAUAAACCGUUGGGUCAGAUGAAGGAGCGUGAUUGGCGUAUCUUUAAAGAAGAUUUCAACAUCUCGACUAAAGGUGGGAAUAUCCCUGAUCCACUACGAUCAUGGAAGGAGUCGACUAUCCCAGCAAAGAUCUUGGAGGUCAUUGAUGAAGUCGGGUAUAAGGAGCCAACCCCCAUCCAGCGGCAAGCGAUCCCCAUCGGGCUGCAGAAUCGUGACAUUAUCGGUGUUGCCGAAACCGGUUCCGGAAAAACCGCUUCCUUCGUCAUCCCCAUGUUGGUUUUCAUCAGCGAAUUGCCCCCGCUGACGGAGGAGAACCGAGAUCGUGGACCCUACGCACUGAUCAUGGCCCCGACCCGUGAACUGGCCCAGCAGAUCGAACAAGAAACCGCCAAAUUCGCCAAAGGAAUGGGCUUCAUCGUCGUUUCCAUCAUCGGCGGGCACGCAGUGCAGGAGCAGUCCUUCAACCUCCGCAAUGGCGCACACAUCAUCAUCGCGACCCCCGGCCGUCUCCGCGAUCUCCUCGAGCAGCAAAUCCUCGUCCUCUCCCAAUGCGCCUACAUCGUCAUGGACGAAGCCGAUCGCAUGAUCGACAUGGGGUUCGAAGCCGACGUCAAUUUCAUCCUCGACGCCCUUCCCGUCUCCAACAUCAAACCCGACACGGACGACGCCGAGAACCCCGACGCCCUGCGCGCCAAGCUGGGCCCGGCCAUGGCGAGGUUCAGGCAGACGGUCAUGUUUUCCGCCACUAUGCCCCCCGCUGUCGAGCGGUUGGCGAAACAGUACCUUCGUCGCCCCGCUGUCGUUACGAUUGGAACGGCGGGGCAGGUGGUGGAUACCAUUGAGCAGAGAGUGGAGAAUAUCAGCGAUGAGAGGAAGAAGGUGUCGAGGUUGCUGGAGCUCCUGCAGGCGGCUCAAUACGAGCCCCCGAUCAUCAUUUUCGUCAAUCAGCAGAAGGGAGCGGAUGUCCUGGCGAAGAAUCUGGCGAAACUGGGUUACAAAUCCACCGUCCUCCACGGCGGCAAGUCCCAAGAACAGCGCGAAGCCUCCCUCGCGGCCCUCAAAACCGGCCAAAAAGACAUCCUAGUCGCCACCGACGUCGCGGGUCGCGGUAUCGACGUCAAAAACGUAUCUUUGGUCGUCAACUACGACAUGGCGAAAAACAUCGAGGACUACACGCACCGGAUUGGGCGCACGGGCCGAGCGGGCAAGAAAGGGGUCGCGAUCACGUUCUUGAGCGAGGUGGCGGAUCUGGAUGUGUUUUAUGAUUUGAAACAGACGGUGCUGAAGAGUGGGAUUUCUACUUGUCCGCCGUGGUUGGCUAGGCAUGAGGCCGCACAAGCAAAAGGAGGAUCGUUCAAAGCGAAACGCAAACACGAGGAAACCAUCUUCAACCAGUAG